AUGAGAUCGCCGCCUGCGUCGCCACCCGCGUAUCCAAAGACUGUAUUCCCACGAAAUAUCCAAACAAAUGCCCAAAAUUCAAUGCAAUCGUCUUCGUCAUCGAACAAAGCUGGUGGUGCGGGAAGUAGUAGUAGUCGAGGUCCUGGAGGAGGGGUGAUUGGUGGUGGGGGUAAUAAUGCUGGUGGGGACGCAGCGGCUGCUGCCAGUGUUGGUGGUGGGGGUGCCUAUGGCAACGGAAACAACGGACCUGGUGCUGCACAGAUCGAGAGCUUGAAAGAGGUAUACCUCCUGCUGUCGAAUCCUCCUCCUCCGGCAACCCUCCUGUUACUGCUGUUCUCAUUGCUCACGGCCGGGUUGCUGGUCUCUCGAUUGUUUGCAAUGUUAAUUUCUCGGAAGGCUGUGAUACGCUCUCAGGCCCGGAAUCGCAGGAGAAGCCGCCUAGACCAGACCAUCACCGCUUCGUCGCCAGGGUCGCCCCCAACGCCGAAGGAAAACCGUGCCGGUGGAGACAUGGUUAGAUCGCCUGCUGCCGGGGUGAAGAAUAACAGCAACACCGCCGCAGCAGCGGCUACAAAGUCGAAACAGCAGGAAUCAUCCAUCUCAGCAACAUCAUCAUACCCAUUCCCGCAGAUGCCUAGGAGCCUUACGGGGAAUAGUGUAGCCACGGCGUUCAACACGACAAUGUCCCCUGGGAUGGGACCACAUGACAGGAUCCUUCCGUCCGGUACUACUACGCCGGCGUCGUUUGCUUUUCAGCCUCAAGGUACCCAACCAAUUACCCCCUUUGAGAACCCCGAUUUCCCAACCCCAAACAUGUACGAUCUUGCUCUGUUGCUUCAUUCUGAGGCCGGUAUCGAUGCCUUUUGGAGCAAUAUUGUAAAGAUUGCCACGACGUGCUAUAAGGCGGAGAGAGUUACUCUUGCAGUGCCAUCAGAUUCCACAGAUCUCGAAAAUACCCCAUGGGGGCAAAAGGCAACAUUUAACGUAGCCGAGGACGACUGUUUGUCGUUGACAUAUAUGGGCGAUGAGCGGGGAUUCGUGGGUGACCAGGAGGAAGUGUCUAUGGGGGAGGACAGUGACGGAAACCAUGGUGUUCCGAUUUCAAAAGAAAGAAACAACACAAUGGAUAUGAAUGGGAGGAUGGAAGGCGGCUUCUUUGGUGGCAUGUGCGAUCCGGAUGAGGACAAUACCGAGCCUAUACAGCUUGAGAGAAAUUCAGAUGAACCGUUUGCGCCAGUCACUAUUGGCCCAUCAGACCCCCAAAACGAGGAUGCGAAUAACUCCGAUUGGCUCUCAGAGACGAGUGGCCUAUCUCCAUUAGAACCCCCACAGCCACCACCAUUGCCCCCGGAGUUUGGGCGCCAGAAACAGAAUAUGGCAUAUGCUCAGGGAAUAGAGGAGGAUGAGCAGCGUGGGAGGGUGUUUCCGACUCUGCAGCCGCUGAAUUAUGAGGCGGAUGCUUUGCUGGAUGGAACUGGUGUUAGUAGGGUUUUGCAGAGAGGAAAAGUUGUUGUUUUAGGGCGAGAAUAUAGAGAUAUCAAAACACACCUUGAAGAGAGGGACAAACGCCGGCGAGAGGCAGAAUUCGUGGCUGCUAACACCCCAAAGUCUUCCCCGUCCCGAGCAUUUUCUAACGAACAGCGCCCUAAACCAAAGAAGGGAUCGAUCCCCGAACAGGCAUCGAUUCAAGGGGUAGAAAAGUUAGAUCUCAGCUCAAUCAGUUCGCCAUUACAACUGUCCUCGCAGCCACCGACACCGCUGUAUUUUGUGGGGAAGGGAAUGCGUCGGAAGAAGAAGAGUGCCCAGAAGGACGGGGCUUCCUCGUAUGAAGAAUAUGAACAAGCCCUGACGUCGCCGUGGAGCCAAUCCCCAGCUCCUUCGCCGGCGCCGAAGCAGGACCCCGCCGAGAACCCAUUUUUUGCCCCGCCAAAAGUGGACGAGGAGACAUUUAACCCACAGACCAACAGCCCAGUAUACUCAGCACAGGAACCCGUAAAUGCAAUUGGAUUCGAGAGUGCCUGGACAGUAAUCCACAUUCCACUCAUACACCCAAGCUUUUCAAAGUCACUAAAUCCCUCAGCUUCUGCGGCAGCCGGUGGGGGAACCACGACUUCUACUACUGGGGGCGAAUCUCUUCUCAGGGGAAGCUUCGGCCUGCCAAGUAACGAUAUCCUUUCCAGGCACAACAUGGCAGGACACAAAAAAUCCCCUAUAGCGAUAUUAUCUAUGCUGAGCCCUGUUAUCCCUUACCCUAGAAACCUGAUUCACUCAUUGUCCCAUUUUGCACCUUUAGCAGCCACAGCCUUCUCACUAGCACAGAACCACUCGAACGUUGUGAAUCAGUUAAGUCAUUUACAAUAUAGACGACCUUUGAGAAGACAUGCAACCGAUAUUGAUUCUGGUCUGCAUGCAUCUUUGAGAUAUGGGCUGAAAUCACCAGAUAUUGUCGAGGGCGCUAGUGUCACCAGUCCCAGCGAGCUCAGCACAAUGUCCAAAGACAGCACAUCGAGAGUCGCCAGUCCGGGAUGGGAUAUUGGAGGAUUAGGAGGACCGAGACAACAAGGGAGUGACCAGGAGAGCAUUAGGUCUCAGGCUAGUACGCCGGUUAGUCCCGGGGGUGAAAAUCUGGAAGGUAUUCGAGCGGCAGCAGCGGUAGCGAUGGCAACGACCAAAAAUGAAGGCUCAACGGUAAGUUUGGAAGUGCAGUUGCAGACGGAGGAGGACGAAGGCGCUAGCUCGGCCGGGACGGUCAAGUUUAAGAAGGGAGAACAGGGCACCGUGACGCACAAGAGGGAAAUACCCAGGAGCUCGCCACUGCCGGAUCAUGUCCUGAAGGACUUGGCAGACUCGGAAAAGACACCAGUGUUGGAAGACCUUGGAAGCCAGAGCAGUGGAACUAUGGAGUCGCCCUCAGUGUCACCGGGAUCAGAAUCGGCACCGAAUCGACGUCGUUUCCCGAGGAAAAGGAAACCUGCGCUCAAAAUCGUGGGCCACAAUUAUCCGCAUACCCUGCUACACUCAUACGGUGCAGAUUACUCGGCCACUUUCCAAUCGCUGGCUGCGACGACUUCGUUGCCUGGAACACCGCUGGGAACAGGAAGGCGUGGAUCAACCAGGAUGUCUUCAGCAGGCGCAACUUCACAGAACCAUCAGAUGCCCCCUCCGUCUAACAAGCUUCUUAGGACAAUAAUUGACUCUAUCCCCGUACAUGUAUUUACCGCGGCUCCCUACACCGGUGAAACCACAUGGGUGAAUGCUCGGAUGCUAGCUUAUAGAGGCGCUACUGUUGAUGAGUUUAUGAAAGGACCAUGGGAGGCUUUUCAUCCAGAAGAUAGAGAGGAUUACAUCAAACGCUGGGGGAUCGCUGUGCGCAAGGGAGAGCCGUUUUCUCAUCAAGUCCGUGUUCGCAGAUUUGAUGGUGUCUACCGGUGGUUUAUGAUCCGGGCAGUCCCAUUGCGUGAUUCUCGUGGUAUCAUUGUUCACUGGUUUGGCACAAAUAUGGACAUCCAUGACCAGCGGAUUGCAGAGGUGGACGCGGCAAGGCAGGCGGAAAUGGCAGAAUCAGAAAGUAAAUAUAGGUCCCUUGCCAACUCAAGUCCGCAAAUCGUGUUUGCUGCUACGGCCGUCGACGGCAUCUCAUAUGCAAACACCCAGUGGUUGGGAUAUUCUGGACAGACGCUAGCACAGGCGUUAAGACUGGGCUUUAUGGAACACGUCCAUCCCAAUGAUAGAUACAAGUGUGCAUUGCCGGGUCUGGGUGGUGGAGGUGGUUCAGUAAGUCCGCGGUCAGUGAGCCCUGGUGGUGGCAUGACUAGUCCAGGCUUUGAGACUUCCGGGUUCUCACCUAACUCGUACGGGUCUUCCACAUUUGAUGGUGGCUUUAAGAGUCCGACUGGAGUAGAUAUCGAGGAGGAGAAGCCCACAUUUUCAACCGAGCUGCGCUUAAGGGAUAAGCAUGGAAACUAUAGGUGGCAUUUGGUGAGGUGCGUUAGUGUUGAGACAAAUUUUGGAACGGGAGAAGGCCAGUGGUUCGGUACCUGUACCGAUAUCAACGAUCACAAGUUACUAGAGCAAAAGUUAAAAGAGGCGAAUGAGGCAGCGCAGAAGACGAUGGAGAGUAAGACUAGGUUCUUGGCCAAUAUGAGUCAUGAAAUUCGAACUCCUCUUAUCGGGAUUUCUGGAAUGGUCAACUUUUUGCUUGAUACCACCUUAAAUGGGGAGCAGUUAGACUACUGCCACACAAUAUCCCAGAGCUCUGAUGGAUUGCUCAGCGUAAUCAACGAUAUCCUAGAUCUGUCAAAGGUUGAAGCAGGAAUGAUGAGAUUGAAUCCGGAGUGGUUCAGGAUUCAUUCCCUGAUAGAAGAUGCCAAUGAGCUUUUGAGUACCAUGGCAAUAGCAAAGGAUCUAGAGUUGAACUUUAUUGUCGAAGAAGAUGUGCCGCCUGUCGUGUGCGGAGAUCGUGUGCGGCUGAGACAGGUGCUUUUGAAUGUCAUUGGCAACGCUAUAAAAUUCACGUCAAAGGGCGAAGUGUUCUCUAGGUGCUCUGUUAUCCAAGACGAUAAAAUCGGAGAUGAUGAUGUUAUGCUGCAAUUUGAAUGCCAUGACACUGGCCCAGGCUUUGAUAAAAAAGAUGAAGAGUUAAUGUUUAAGCCUUUCAGCCAAAUUGACGGGUCCAGUACUAGGGCACAUGGUGGCAGUGGUUUAGGGCUGGUGAUUUCAAGACAGCUGGUCGAACUUCACGGGGGGCGAAUGUCCGCUAGUAGUGAGAAGGGCAAGGGAUCGACAUUUAUCUGCAGCGCCAAGUUCAAGUUGCCUAGAGAGAAACCACCAGGUGAAGGGUCCUCUGCAGUUGCUACCCCUGAUGCUAUUCCGCCCAUCCCACAAGGCAUUCCACCCGGAAUCACGCCCAACCUCGCUGCUCAGGGCAGACGCCAGGGUAUUUUAGAGUCGGAUACGAUCACCGAAAGGAUCACGGAAUUCCCAUCUGAUACACCGCCUGGCCUUACUUUUAGUGAUGGGCCUUCAUCUGCUCCUGCAUCAUCGGCAAGUUCGGAUCCCUCGAUAAAUCCUGUCUCCAUGCGGCUUGCCCUCCCCACAGAGGCCCAACAGAAAUACAAAGCUUACACCCCACCUGCUUCAACUGCUACGCCUUCGGAAACAGAAGCGUCGGUGAAGAAGAUGCCCUCAGUCGAUUCGGAACUCGGACGUGCAGUUACUCCGCCAAUGUUCUCGAUUUUGAUUGUCUCGGAACAACAUUAUUCUCGUAUCGCUAUAGCCCAUCACAUCAAGAUCACAUUGCCAAAGAAUAUCCCCAACCAGAUUACUACGGCUUCCAAAUACGACGAGUGCAAAAGUUUGAUCGGUGGCGAUGACCCGGUUGUGUUUACCCAUAUCGUUGUCAACCUCCAAGAACACACGGAGAUUAUUGCGCUCAUAGAUCAAAUACUGGGCAGCUCAAUUCAUUCGCUGACAACUAUGCUUGUCUUGACUAACCCCACGCAACGUACAGCGGUAAUGCAAGGCGCGCCGCAGAAUUGCGAGCAUAUGGGACAAAGACUGCAGUUCAUCUACAAGCCAAUCAAGCCUUCCCGUUUUGGUGUUAUCUUUGACCCGGCGAAUGAAAGAGAUGCGUCAAUGGAUAGGAACAGAGACUCUGCUCAACAAGUUGUCGAGACUCAGAAGAGAGUGUUUAGCCAGAUGGAGCAGGAAGUUGGAAACCGAGGACAUCGCGUCCUGCUCGUGGAAGACAACACGGUUAAUCAGAAGGUUCUUUUACGAUUCCUGGCAAGGGUGGGGCUAGAGGUGGAUACAGCAAGUGAUGGAGAGGAAUGCGUGGAAAAGGUGUUUUCUCAAAACCCUGGACACUAUGGUCUCAUCCUGUGCGAUCUUCAUAUGCCGAGAAAGGACGGUUUCCAAGCUACGAUGGAAAUUAGAGCUUGGGAACAGACACACAAUGCCCCGAGAGUGCCAAUAGUUGCCUUGUCAGCAAACGUCAUGUCCGAUGUUGCAGACCGUUGUAUUGCUGCAGGGUUCUCGAGAUACGUGUCCAAGCCGGUUGACUUCAAAGAACUUAGCUCGACCAUCAAAGACCUUUUACUGGACCCUACCCAGUCAGGGCAGUUUAUGUAA